AUGAAUGACCCAGUUGACCAGAAACAAAACGGAAAACCAAAAGAACAAGACUCUAGAGACAAAAUAGAUACAACCUCACAAAAUGGAAACUGCUUAACCUAUGACGAAUCCAAGCUGUUGGAAAAGAUGAUGAUGAUCGAAAAUUCACUUACCCAAAUCCAAGAAGAUCAAAAGAAACUAGAAGAUAAAAUAAAAAGCAUUGAAAAGAAAGUGAACACUCAAAUACAAACCCAAUUGCCCAAAAGUCACCGUGAUGAACUUUUGAACUCACAAGAACUACGUCAAAACAUCAAAGGAGUGGUAAUAACCGAAAUGCAAAGUUUUAAAAUGGCGAUAAAUGUGGUUGAAAAGAACACACUGGAAACAUUGAAAUUCAAAGAAAUUGAACUUCAACCAAGAUGCAAUUAA